ACGACGUACGCGCGCGGCACUACGACACCGCACGCACACACCACGCGCACACAUACACACGCGCGCGCGCGAGAGAGUCCGAUCGGAAACGUUUCGCGGCGAGCCGACCGCCGAGCCGAGAGCCCCCCGAGAGCUUAUCGCGCGAUUCCGCACCCUGGUACCCCGGCGGAGACGUUUCGCCCGGCAGACAGCUACGCGCCACCCGUAAAACGAACACCGCCGUCCGCGCCGCGUCAUCCGACCGCCGCCGCGAGGACGCGAGCCGCGUGUUCGCGCACGCUGAACGUACUCUAAUUGAUCGUACUCGAACGGCGGUUUCGGACCUUUCGGCUCGCGUGCCGCACGCGCGGGGACGCGCCGUAUCGUUUUCGCGCGCCCGUCGGUGCCGGUUUUCCGGAAUUCAGUUUCCGUUUUUUCGCGUGUGUUCGCGUACCAUGUGCCCUGUGAAAAAUUGUCGCAACCACCGACGAUAAAAAGGUAUGACCAACACGUUAUUUAAAUUAUUGAAAUCGCGUCCGAUCGUAACGCGCACGACCCGACGGCGUUACGAUGCGCGCUUAGCGUUUAGAACCGCGGUAGGCAACAGGCGGCUAGCGGACAGGAAAAUAAACGGACCGUCAAAUUAUUUCAUUUUACUCCACGCCGGUUUCGCGUUUUCGCUAUUUGCCCGUGCGGGGACCCGCGAUGUCCGAAAACGUGAUCCACGUUCGUGACAUAAUAUCCGGUAAAUUCGGUGUGUACUUUUUCAUAAAACCGUACGCUAACAUAUUGUAUUCUACGCGAAACGGUUAAAUAAUAUCGUCCGAUGAUUGCGUUUCUAAUAGAAAAAUAAACGCGUUUAUAAACUUGUAAAUACAUUUUUUAUAGAUAUUUUUUCGGAGGUGUUAAACAACACGGAACGCCGAACAGAAAAUAGGUUGAACUUUUUCUAUUUUUUCCCGCUCCAAAAAUAUACUGCCCCCGAAAAUUUAUUUUCAAAUUAUCCGGCCUCCCCCCCCCCGCCACCCCUUAGAAACUAAUCGCCGUUCCCCGACUUGGAGCGUCGAUUAAAAUUUUAACGGUUACCGGUGUGGUUCAAUCGUAUUACGCCUGUGUACAACGCCUAUGUACAUCGAAAACAAUACAUUUAUAAAUAACGGUUCGGCGAGCGCGCGUGACGACGUCGUCGUUGUACGUCAUCGGUCCGAAAUAAUCAUUUUCCAACGACCGUUUACCUUGAACCAGUGCUCUGGGUUUUAUGUAGAUGGAUAUGUAUAUUUAUAUAUAUUUUUUCGCGUAUUUUACCGUACCCAGAUAAUAAACGAUAAUUGAUUUAUCUACAGAGAUAAAUAAUCGAAUCUUCUAUUGAUACAUUUACCAGGAUUCAUUUUUUUUUUUUAAUCGUAAUUUAUGUAUUUAUUAGAAAUAAUUCGUGAUUUAUAUUAAUAAUAUUAUACACUAUGUAAUCGGAUAAAUACAUGAUAAAGUUACACACCAACCACACAAUCUAUCUUGUACCAAAUCCGGUACUUAUAAACAUGUAACCUUAUGAUAGGGUAAAUAUUUUAAAACGCAUCUUCGUACGACACUGUCAUGACCGUAUUAAAAUGUUCAGUGUAGUUAAGGUAUACACAUACAUAGGUGUGUACACGUAUAUAAAAUUUAGACCAAAAAAUUAAGGGAACAAAUUUACGCGAGUCAAAAUUAAAAACGAAAAAAUAUACUAAAAAUCCUAUCAUAAAGAACUUUUUUCAAUACGUGCGCAAUGGCGGAUUUACAUUUUUCGCUUAUAUAUUUAUUUACUCUAUUUUUUAUGUUCGAAUUUCUUUACUUUUUUGUCAAAAGAAUCAAAAAUUUGUUAGAACCGUGUAAAUAAAUCCAAAAAAAAAAACUCUAGCAACAGCAAGUACGUUUCCUUGUUAAAAGCGAUCACCUCUCCGAACCACUUUGCUAUAAAGAAGAUUCUUCUCCUCUUUAUUAAUAAAAUAGUAUAAAAUGUAAACUAAUUAAUAAUAAUAAUUACUAUAACAUUGAAAUGUUUAUUGACAAAUCGAAUAAUAAAUCGCUUACGAUAAGUAUGUAGAUUUAAAAUCGGAUCUUAAUUUUUUGUUUUAAGUCUAGGUACGUAUUAUACAAUAUCUAAUUCAAAAUUCAAUGUCUUCCUCCUUCGUAAAAUUCUGAAUGAGCCACUAAAUGUGCGAUUAGUGUAUCGGACACAAACUAGGUACUUAAAACUGACACCGGUACUGGCUACUAUAUUUUAUGGCUACGGUUUUUGUUAAUUUUAACAGGCUCGUUAGAUCUUCGGAGGCGGUGGGUCGGGAAAGUCGUUCGUGAAAUACAUUCGAGCCGAAGACGAUUUUAACUGCGACGAACUGCGGUACAACAAUGGGCACGUAUAUAAUAAUAUUAUAUCGGUACUAGUGUUUACUAGCAUUCCGCAAACGCAUAUAUGGUUUCCGACGCAACGAUUCAAAACUGCGCGCGUGCAUAUUUAUUGCAAAUUGUUUACAAUAAUAUUAUGCCGCAGAUUACGAACCGCCGGGAAAUAAAACGAAUUCAAAGCCAAAAAAGUAGAUACAUAAAUAUACCUACUUCGAAAACAAUAAGCAAAAGCAAAAUAACAUUAGAUAGUGUGCGGCAGUCUCGGCUUAUAAAUAUAACGGAAAAACGGCUCGGAAGAAUAUCCACCGCUCGGAAUGGUUCGGCACAAGAGCCGGGGUGUUUUUACACAAAUUAUUGUUAAUGUAAAAAGCCGGAUGACAAUAGAUUUUUCGUUGUUUCAGUGACGGAGAGAAUUGCGACAGUGCCGGGGGGGGCGAACGGUUAAAACAAUAACAAUAACAAUACACCGUUUUACCAAUGGACGAUAUUGUACAAUAUUUCCGUCCGAAAUUCGAAAAUCGAUUCUCCGGAGUUCGGACCAUAGGCAUCAUUAUAAUAACAUUCCCCGGCGGCGUUACCUGCAUAAUAUAAUAUACACAGUGCAGUUACAGCGCCGAUACACCUAUAGGUAGUGGCCACAUCCGACGUUACGAUACGGAAUUCCGAGCGUGCACACUGCACCAUUACGUGACCGAGUUUAAUGGAGACCAAUUUGUCGGUCUCCCCGGCCGUGGUGCGACCGUCAGGUAUAAUUUCGGGUAUAAUCCGACGCCUAGGCGGCACGGUCACGUAUUUUAAUGUUCCUAUACACAUUUUAUUGUUGUAACCUGCCUGUAAUAUAAAUGAUAUUACAUAUUAUAACGUAACGUGCGUAUGUCAUUUAUUUUAUUUUUUUUUUUUAUCUUUUCACCUUUGCUUUAUUUUAUUAUAUAUUUAAUUCUCGCGGGACGAGGGGAAAAGAAAAAAAGAGCAGCAGCAGCAGCAGCAGCAGCAGCAGCUCGGUAACACGGACGAACUGCGGUGUGCGGCACGGCUCCUCUUUACUGUGCGUAAACGCCGCCGUAGAAACGACGACGACGACGACGAGGGGGUAAAAACUGUCAACGGGAAUUGUGUAUCACAUUAUACACAUGCAUACACGUACACAUGCGCAUAUACGUAGGUAUACCGAUAGUACGUGUAUUUUGUAUUGUACGGUACACGGCGGUAAACCGUGCGCGUAUGUCACCCCGAAAUAUAAUAUUAUCGUGUCCACAGGGGAUGCGAGACGCGCACUACGCAAGGUUCACUCGGAUCGCGUACGCGAUUGGCGUGGGAAUAACAGGAGCGCGAAAUAAUAUCGCGCACAAAUAAAACGGGCCCACAAGUCUCUGUGCUCGUACCGCGCAUGCGAUUGUAUUACUAUUGUUAUUGUUAUUAUUAUUAUUAUUAUUAUCACUAUUGUUACUGUUGUUAUGCCGUAGAGGGGAUCGUUUAUUGAUAAUUCGGAGGUACGUUAUAAAAUCGCGUAUUCGCGCGCGCGCGCGCGCGUGUGUAACAAUGGCGUUAAAAAAAAAUGUAUUGGUUUUCUUAAACGGUAUUAAUCUAUGUGGUUUCGGUUUUAGAUUCUGUUUGCUCCGGAGUGUGGAGUGUAGCGCGUUCUCUGAAAGGGAAUACUUCAUUUAUUUUUUUUUUUUUUUUUUUCAUUUUCUCAGGAGUUUUCCCGGUAAAUGGGGAGUUUACGAGAGCGAUGCUUUUAUCAUUCGCAACUUUGUUUCGUUUUAUUGCAACAGGGAUCGCCGCGCGUUGUGCGCGAGAAGAGUUCAAAUAUUAAAGCGUUGGGACGGCGUUAGGGACAUCGCAGGAUUAGACGUUCGUGAAAUAUUUUUGGCUGCGCUUUGGUCUGUUUGGAAUGUAUAGGAGUCAUAUAGAGAUACAUACAAUUAGAUUGGCGGUAGAACACAAUGUAUUAUCGAUACGCUAUAUACUUUAUCUCAAUCGAGUCGUUUGUUCGUUUCUCGGCGACACGUUAAGUAUACAAUAUUAUAUAUUAUAUUGCGGGUACUCUGAAUAUCUGAACACCUGAAUAUUAUGGAUCGAAGUAGGCAGGUGUAAAAACUAAUAAUUAUUAUAAAUUUGUAAAAACGUUGUGUUAUUCCGCCGCAGAUCGAAUUUUAAUAAAUUAUCGUAACUAUUAACCACUAUUGUAGAGCAUUGAACAGGAAUAUUUUUAAAAAAAUAAUUAUAAUCUCACGUAUAUAAACGAAACAAUGACAUAAUAUGUAACUUUGUGUUUCUAAUCAGUUUUACCUGUCAAAUAAUAACGAUAUUGUAUAUUAUACAUUUUAUUAUUAUGCCUAUCUAUAUGAUGAUAAAAUGGAAAGUUCGCCUGUUUGCCUGUGCGCGAUCCACAGCCGAAUCACACGCAGGACUCUGAAACAGUGGCGCAGGAUUCUUAAAAUUAUUAUCAUUAUGAAGCCAAAAUAUUUUUACCGAUUCAUGGGACCCAUCCACCCAAGACAGGUGACGGUACUAACUAAAUGAUUUAUCACGAGUAUUCAACGUUAACAAACGUCAACUAGUCAUAAAAUUGAAAAUGAAUAAUUUAUUUUCAGUUGCCACUCUGGACCUUAAUUUACCAUAGGGUUCGAAAUUCAAUUAAAUACAAAAAUCAAUACUCCUAAUUGAUGUUUAAUUUCUAGAGCACCAGCUUUUGACCAACGAUGUUAACAUAAUUUUCAAUAACUCGGGUAAAGCGGGUAAUCCCAACAUCAAACGUUAAGAGCACUUGAAUUUUCUUUUUUCAUAAGAGAUUGAAAACUAAAAUAUAUACAAUUCUAAUUAUCAAUAAACGAUAUUAUGCUCUGCGAAAAACGAUUUUGAUGAAAGUAUUUUAGUCGUAUUUUUAUUUUUUUUCCUCUUAUUACUUAGGAGACACGGAAAUAAACAAAAAUUAUACAAAAAUUUGCCAGAUUUUUCUUAUUUAUUAAGAACAUUACAUGAAAAAUCAAAAAUGACCUCCCCGUUGUAGAAAUUAGAUAAAAAUAACCCGAGAAAAUUCCUAUAAAUGUUUAUUAUUAUAUUACCGCCAGAAUCGUCUAGCAAGUACAACUGUUUUCUGAUUUACGUGUUUCGUUUUAUACACGAGAGGCGAUAGUUGUUAAUGAUGCUAUAGCAUGAUGGUACAGCCUGCAGUAUACCCGGCAAACCAAUUUCCAAAGAGCGCCGUAAAAACUCAUAAAUCACCCAUGGCGGACGUGAUUUUAAAAUUAUUAUUAUCGUUAUUAUUGUAUGCGCCUCCCGUUGGCACCUAUAGAGGAGCAAAUCAUCGUAUAUAAUAUUAUAUCGUGUUAGAGUUAUAGGUACAUCUCUGAGCGUCCUGGGGGCUCGAGAAUGAUCGAUUUGCAUUCAAUUACAUAUUAUUAUAUACGAUAAAAAGCGGCUGGUACCGAUGAUGUGGAUUGGUGUGCCACUGUUUUAUGGGAGAAAUUAGAAGAGAAGAUGUGUAGAGUGAUUCACCUUAUAACCCAUACGCGACGAUAAACUAUCGCUAAUGGAAAACGAUUCUGAGUGAUUUGUCGUAUUUUUUCGCUUGAUAGCAAAAAUUACCGAAAAUCAAUAAGCAUUAUACAAUAAAUUGAUAGUUUUUUCCCAUUUAUUAAGAAAAUUACUAGUGAAGUCAAAACUAGAUCUAAUAUGCUACAAUAAAGCUCCUAAAAAGUUGUUGAUCUAACCGAGAUUUGUUAUAGAAAAUUUGUUUGGAAACAAAAAAAAAAGGGUCAUCAUAAUAAAACCUAUAUACCUUCCUCGCUUCGCUCGAAAACUAAAAACCGAAUUUUCAAUAAAUAUUUCCGACAGAUGAAUUAUAUUUUUAUUAGAUCCUGACAGCGUUCUUACUUUCGGUUUAUAUAUAUUCUAUUCUAUUCUAUUUUUUUUUCGGGUCCAUAUAGCGCGUCACCCGGCCUGCAGCAACAGCUAAAGUGUUCAUCGGACGGCGGUUUAAUAAUAGAGAUUGGCCAAUAAUCGUUGCUGGCACGUCGCUUAAUAACCGACCAUAUGUGUGUGCACCCCAUCCGGCCGACUGAUUGAUAUUGACGUGUGAAUCCUAAUUGACAAACCGUCAGAUUUUUAACGGCUAUAUGUGUGUAUGUGUGUGUGUGUAUAUGUGUGUGUGUAUUAACAAUAAUUUCCGGUGUGCCGGAGGUCCUAAUGACAAAAUAUUACGCAGGAACCAUUCAUUUUUUUUUUUUUUAUUUAAACGUGCUUUUUUUUUCAAAAAUAACGCUGACGUACCCGGCCGCUACCACAGCAUUUAUUAUUGUCGAUUUGAUUAUUCGUUUUUCGCGUUUCUAUUAUGAUGUUCACCGAGAAAAACGGGAAAAGAAUCAGUUUUUUUUUUUACCAUAAUAUAUCCUAGAAAAAAAAUAUAAGUAAUUGAUUGUAUACGUAUAAUCAAUAAAUAUAAAUCAGUUUAAAUAAAAUAUUAUGCUUCACAAGAAUUGUAAAAUGUAUUGAUUUUUAUGGACAGGUUAGGCCAUUUUAUAAUUUUGGUAUUAUAUUUAUACAAACAAGAAAAUAUUUUAUUUUUUCUUAAGUAGGUAGAUUUUAGUUUUUUUGAGUGAAGCGAGAAAUAUUUUUAUUUCACUAUGAUAUGGUUUGUGUGUGUGUGUAAACAACUUUUACUAUAAAUAUUGAAAUACUCCGGUCAAAAACUUUACAGGAACUUUCUUAUAGAAAUUUUAUCUAGUUAGAGGUCAUUUUUUGAUUUUUCUUAGUUUUCGAAUCCCAAAAAAAAAAGUUUUAUUUAUUAUUUGUUUUUCUGGGUUACUUUAGCAUCAAGGGAAAAAAUACGAUUAACACUUUAAUCAGAAUAGGUGUUUGUUAAAAAUUAUUUUACUGUGUACAGAUAUAAAUUAAAAAACUUUAAACGUUGUUCCUUCCGAUAUCCUUCCAUAAAGAAUGGCACACCCAUCAGCAGUAUCAGCCAUUUUAUUAAUUUGUUUGUCAGUGCGAUAUGUGCAAACAACAAUAAUACGCAGGUACUUACGGAUUUGCAUUAAAAUGUUCCAUCGCCUAACCUUAUAAAUUGCUACAAUAUUUGGUACGAUCAAUUAUAAAUAAUGAAUAUUAUUAUAUCGAGUCUCCGUGUCGCUGCACAUUAUCCCGACUGAUAAUAUUGUUUUUUGAUAACGUGCCAAAAUAUUAUGUACGUAUAAAUACUUAAAAUCUAUUCAGAUUCGUAUUGCGGAAUAUCUAAAUACGUACUGUGUGUAUAUCAUAUAUCAGUAGGUACACGAGAAAAAUAAUUAUCGCAUACUUUUUACAUGAAAUCGUUACCUAAUAAUAAUAAUAAGCAGUCACGUUUAUUUUUUUUCGGACCAAUUAUACUGCGCUGCCGCCACAGCAUCGCAGGCGUUUACUGCAAUAUCGUUCCGUCGUUACACAACCCAUAUAAGUAUAAGUAUAGUACAACAUAGUCUCGUUUGGCACGACGUCUAUAAUAUAAAAGUGAAAAAAAUAAAAAAUAGAAAAAAUUCCGGUAUACUUUAAUAUUAUACUAAAAUAAUGGGAUAAUACUAAUAUUUGUCCGAUAACCAUAAAAACUCAUAAUUUUUAUUAUUAUUAUAAUUUUUUUUUUUUUUUGAAAAAUAAUAGGCACCCAAAAAUUAAUAUUUUAAACUUAGAAGUCUUAUUGGACGGUGUAACCGAUAUCAUCUUGAUAUCUUAUCAUAUUUAUAAUCUAUCAACUGCUAACGUUUUUAAAAUUAUGUUGGCAUGGAGGGAGAUAACCAUUUUGUAUUGCUAAACAUUUUUUUUUUUUAAAUACUAUAAAAAUAAAAUAAACUUAAUUUAUACACGAGCCGUAGAGCAGUAGGACAACGGGCUAAUUCGCUUCCAGUUAUAGUCUCCCGCCGUCUCGCACUUUAUUCGAAUUUUCUGGAUUCUGGGGUGUCGAUAAAUACGUGUAGUUUUUAAUUCGAAUUGUUGAGAUUUUCUCGUGGGAUCCAAAGUUCAGUUCGAUUUAUGGAGUUUUCGGAUUAUCUAGAGUCUACUGCGAUAUUAUUAUGUAUUAUUUUGUCUCAGGUAAAAAUCCACGGGAUGUUACGAUUAUAUACGUAAUAUAAAAGGCGACGCGUCGGCCAGACGAGUUUUCCGGCGGCGAUAAAAUUCGAAUUAAACAUCGUGCGAGCGGUAGGUACGAGAGGGUUCGAAAAAAAUAUUUAAAAAAUAAUAAUAAUAAUAAUGAAAUAUUAUAUAUAAUAUAUACGUAUAUAAUAUUGUAAAAAGUAUUUCUCUCCGCAGCGCGCGCGAUGUUAUUCCAUUCAUGACUUCCCACGGAGCCUCGGGGUCGUUUCCAUUCAUGUUCCCGGUGUGCUACAGCGCACAACAAACGCACGCGUGAUUUUUUUUUUAUUUUUAUCAUUAUUAUUAUUAUUAUUAUUAUUAUACGAGAACGCGUGGGCGCCCGCGCGUUUUACCCAUACGACUAUAUAUGUACGUUCGCCGGUCGCGCAUACCGUUCCUUAAUAAUAAUAAUAAUAAUAAUAUUUAACAUUUUUUUUUAUUUAAAAAUAAUAACGAAACGGAAAAAAUCUCAUAAAUUCAUGUCCGGUAAUAUAAUAAUGUAUACGAGUAUAACGUACCUAGACGUUUUAAACGAAUCGUCUGUCGUGCCGUGCUGCCGCUGCGGCAACAGCAGCGACGUGUGAUGACGUGAAUUUUUUUUUUUUCUGCGGGAUCCGUGGCGCAGAGAAAUGAAGAUAAAAAAAAAAACCGUACACAACAAACAACAGAACACUCUCUUUCGCAGUGUUUUUAAUUUUUUUUUUUAUAUAUGUAAUCAAUCCUCGCGAGAAAUACGUUCGCCCAUAAUGUUGUUAUUGAACAGUAUCAUUAUUGUUUUUUUGUUUAUAAUUUUUAUUUGUAUGUUAUAACCGAUAACGGUACUGUCGCAGACGACUGUGAAGUUUAUAUUAGUUUUAUUAUAUAUUAUAUACGUGCCAUGCGUGUAGAGCGGAAACGAGCAGUACGGAUGAUAAGGAUUUGGAGUAAUUUAGUACCUCGUUUAGUACCCAUAUUACAUUGUACCUCAAAAGGUUAAAUUGUUCAAAUUGUUAACCCAAUGUGUAAGACGACGAUUAUGACCGGAAUUCGAUUAACUGGUUAUAAGUUUAGAUUAAUAUAUUAACCCGACCUUAUAUAUGUAACUAACUAACUAUAUCUGUGUGUACACUGUUGUGUUACAUGCACGUAUACGUACAUACAGAUAACUAUUAUGACGUAAAAAUCCGCUUAUAAUGGAUUUUUGAAAAUUCAACCCUUAAGGGGGUAAAUUAGGGUCUUAGUAUUUUCGGUACGAAUAUCUAAUUGCUUAUUUAUUUAUUUUUGUUUAUUUGUGAAUUACCUCGGUAACAUGGAUAACAAUUUGGUUGUCACGGACAAGAAAACAAUUAUUAAUAUUACAUGAUUAUCUGGCAAUAAUAAAAAAAGCAUUGCCGGAUCGGCUUGUAAUCUAUAAAAUCGAAAUAAAUUGUGUGAUGUUUUAAGUCACACAGUUCAAACCGAUGUGGUAUACUUAAAUUUCCAAUUUUAGCACCAAAAUUCGACGGUCCCUUUUCUCCGCCUCGUUGCAUCGUCUGUACAUUAGGUCCUUGCGGUCCGCAAUUAUGUGAAGUGCCCGAUAUCACUACAGAUUACGUCCACGCCUACACAAUAUUAUAUUUCGUCAUCUGCGGAUACCCCUUCUCAAUAAAUUUCUAUUUGAUAGUCUUGUUCUAAAUUAACGUUCACCGCCUAUAGUUCGUAUGAUGGGAGACGAUGAUACCCUGUAUAUAAUUCUACAACUAUUCUAGUUUGGGAAGCUCCUGUAGCCGUGACAGAAUAGUUCUCCCUGCUAUAUUAUUGUGUUGCGGUAAUGAUGUUAUGGUUAGGUAUAAUAGUAAUAAAUAAUAAUACAAGCGUUUGGCUCGAGAAUAAAUUAUUAUUAUAUUAACUGUACGGUGACAUUUAAAAAAAAAAUAAUAAUAAUAACCGCACGGACACAUUGCCGGAAGUGUUAAUAACACAAAUAAUACGAUCAACUGUUAUUAUUAUGUGUGUAUUAACGCACCAGAGAUUCCGUCCCGCGGUGCACACGGACUGCAGUGAUUAUAAUUUAUGAUAUAUAUAUGAGUAUUCUAGGUAUACGGUCAUACGUAUACAUCGUGAGUAUAAUAUAAUUUCAGGAGUCGUAUAUUAUAAUCGUUAAGUGAGUAGUGAAAAGAUAAUAAUUUAGUUUAACUGACACUGCGCGCGACUUAUUAUUUUGUCCUUUUUGUCAAAAAGCAUGGUUAAAAGUCCUGCGCCGUAGAGUGGUCUGAUUUCGAUUAUUAUUAUUAUUUUUUAUUUUGUCUUCACCUUUUACAGUAUGAAUUGUACUUGGAUAUUGAACAUUUUAUUUCCGAACUUAAUAGAAUAACCAAUUUUUACCAUUUUUUAAAAUUUUUUUAUUAAUUAAUUUUUAAUUUUUUUUAGUGGUGUUUGGUUAUAAUGUGUACGAGGUUAUGUAUUAGGUCAGGCAUAUUGAAAAAUAUGACGUUAACGCGGUUUGUAGGAAGUUAUAAUUUUUUCAAAAAUAAAUAAUAAUAUUAAUAACAAUAAAUCAGACGUUUUUCUACGAGACAGGAGAGUUAACAAGGUUUAACAUGUUUGGAGCAAAAGCAUGCGCGGGCCCUUUUCAUACAAACAUUAGAACAGAUUGAAUUUUUUUCUAAAAAUUGUUAAGACCUUUUUAAUUCUAAAUGUUAUAAUUUAUAACAAACCGCGAGCAAGACCCUUAUAGAAUUCACUAUACUUUUACAGUAUGUAUAAUAUAUACUUAUAUAAUAUAUUCUAGAAGCUAGAAAUGCUUUAAGCUUAAAAGCUUUAAUGCAAUUUUAUUUUUCAUGUAAUUGCAGCACAUUUCGUGUGGUUUGGCAUAGUACUAUUUAUGGGCAUAUUUGUAUAAUUUAUUAUUUAAAGGACAUUUGAAGAUCUAAAUACGUCAAAUACGUAGGGAGUGUGCAUUAUACAGGUGUAGAAACUGAACAGCGAGUACAAUCAAGAAGGCGAAGCAAGAAGCAUUUAACAUGAGGUAUUACCGUAAGAUGCUCAAGACUUUACGGUACGACAGGGUUUGACAAGUGAAACGAUUUUUCAGGGGAAUAGACAAUAAUUUGACAAAUUAUGAAAAAUAAACGGUAUAAUGUGAUAAAUCGUGAUAGAUUAUUGAAGCCGAUUAUUAAAAGUUAAUAAUAUAGAAGGCAACAUUGGAAGAGCAAGUUUCUUUUUUUACCGUAUAAACUUACGAGCCCUGCGAGUGGCUGCAGUUUUCCACUGCAUGACGGAUAUCAACGCAGUUCUAAAAUUAUUUUUUUUCUCUGUUCGCGAUUAAGUAGACGCAAUAACCUUCAUUCGUAUAAUAAUAUGUGAAAAGAGAGUGCCCGUUGAACCGGGCAACAAGCCAAAAUUAUGUGGCGCCACUCGGCGGAGACUUCAAUACAAAUAAUUAUAAUAAUAAUACAACAUAAUAGUACUAUUUGCCAUAUUUUUAACCGAAGACCGUAAGUGCUACGACGUUCGGCGUACUCGUUAUUCGUUUUUUCUUGUGCGUUUCAUCCAAAGAUAUAUCCUAUUGGUUCUGCGGAAGAAGUACUUAAUUUAAUUUUGGACGGCUAUCAAUACAAACAAGUUAAAUUUUAAAAAUCACUAAAUGAUAUAAUGGCAUAUUAACUGCUGAAUUGCCAAAUUGCUAAAUGGCCUAACCUAAAUGACUGUUCUAAAUGGCCCGGAAUGGCUUAUUAAUAAUGUACACAAUCAUAUACUAUUUAUAAAACAAAACAAAUUACAUAAGAAAAAUAUAUUUUUAAAAAAAGGCAAAAAUUUACUUAAGCAUUUUUUUUCCUAGGACCAAAUGUAUAUCAGCAUAUUAUAUACGUAUAUUUAUCUAAAACAACUAGGUAUAACCGGCUCUAAGAGUAAAUCUCAAGUUUGGGCAGCCAUUAUACACCUGAAAUAGACCAAAUCGUAUACAAUACGUUUGUAUACCCUUGGCCUUCCCUCGAAUCAAAACUUGCUGAUUCCCAUACUUUUGCAUAUUAGGAAUAAACGAUACAGAAAAAAACACCUGCCUCCGAUCGGGGUCUUAAGGAUUUUUUAUAUUUUAUGCAGUCGUCUUAUCGGCAAAAAAUAUCUGUAUCGAAACUAUAACAAUGUUAUACCGCAGAAAUUCGACGCCGCAUUAUUAUAAUAUUUUUUUAUAACAUUUUCAUAAUAAUUGUUGGGGGUUUUUUUUUUCAAGUAAAUAAUUUUUCUCAGAAAACAAAUAACUGCAAAUUGUGCGUUUAACACGCGUCAUUAUAUUGUUUUCGUAUAUCACGUUUGUUGCGUUUUUUUUCUUUUCUUUUUUUUUUUUAACCGCAUAAUAUAAUAUAUAUUAUAGUAAAAUAAUACUUUCGCGCGUUCGUAACUUUAUAAUAUUAUUAUUAAAAAUAUUAUUUCCAUUGUGUACACCAGUGCGUGUGUCGAACAAUUGUAAAUUGUAAUCUCUUCGUUUAAAAUAUUAUUAUCCGAUUAUAUAUUAUUAUUUACGAAUCGUGUUUCAACUUGAUUACACCGCAAUACAAUAUGAAGAUCAAACGUAAAUAGUAAACACAAUGUAUUAUAUGAGCAUAUAUUAUUAUGAUAUUAAAACAUUAUAAACGAUUCUGGUUCAUUCGAGGUUGGACGAAAAAAAAACGAAAGUCGAUAAAUUGCAUACAAUAUCCACCCGACGCACAUGCAACGAGUAAUAUAAAUAUAUUAUUUAUACUCGUAUAGAUACCUAACUCCAUAGGAAAUAAAAAAAAAUGUAUUAACGACAUUGUAUUACUUAAUAAUUUGAGUAAGUGUAAAAAAAUAAACAUAAAAUGUAAAUAGAUAAUAUAUUAUGGAAGGAAAAAAAAAUUAUAAUAUUAUUAUUGUAUUGCUGUGUGCGUCGAGAGUGCAGUGCAUAAUAAGGAAAAUACAACUUUGUUAUUCACAAUGCAAUAAUACAUUCAUUAUUUUGCGCUUAUAAGCAUAAUAUAGAUACUGCAUUUUGCCCGUGAGUCAUAUUAGGUAUAAACGCAUGAUAACAAAUUAUAAUUUACGUAUAAAAUUAUCAUAUUUUGUCCUUGUUUACGUUUCUAAUCUUAUUUCUAUUUUUUAUUUUUUUUUGUCGUUGAUAAUCACUAAUAAAACGGAUAACAAAUACAGAUACUUGAGAUGCUUGGUCCGCCGAAGAAGUGCUUAGGUCAUUUUUUUUACGGUUUUGAAUAAGAACAAAUGAAAAUAUUUUGAAAACAUACGCAGUCACACACUUACAAAAUACGUUGAUUUUUAAUAUGCAUACACGUAUACCGCUUAAACCGAAAAUAAAAGGAAAAAAUGACAUAAGACAAAAUUAUAAAAACAAAAUUUAUAAUCAAUUUUACCCCUAUACUAGGGCAAAUUAUAUGUUAUGUUACAAGUUAUAUGGCGUGGGAUAUUGGUUUAAUUUGAAUAUACUUAAAAAACAAAUUUAAUAUUUUAAAAUAAAACAUUUUUACGAGUCAUGUGUUCAUCUGCAAAUUGGCGCGCCAUAGCCAAUGGCGUAUUUAUAGAGGGGACAUAAGGUGCCCUGCACCCUCCCCUCAUUGGCCGUAUCUAUAUAGUUAUAUAUUUUAAUAACUUUUAUAAUAACUACAGAUGAAUAUAACCUUACGUAAUAUACGAGUAUAGUUUUAUAAUUUAUACACGAUCGUCAAGAUCUAAGAGUAUAACUGAUAAAGUAUUAAGAAAACCAUUUUUUUUUUUUCGUAACAAAACUUUGUUGGAACAAAAUGUCUUGUGGGACAAAAUGUAACGUUUCGCUGUCGCCAUUUUGACAAUAAUGUAAUAUUAUUCGAGAUAAGAAAAUAUAAUAUUGUAAUAGGUAAUAAAAAUAAUAAAAUAAUUUUUUAAAAUGUUUAACCAUAUUACAGUAAUAGGUACAGUGUAACGAAAUUAUUUUAAAAAAUUGAACAUAAAUAAAUAUAAAAAACAGCAUGUACCUGUUGUUAAAGAAAGUGUACAUUUUUACAUUGUCGAUUAUUUAUUUUUUGUUUUAAUUUAUUUUCAUGAUAAAUUAUUUGGGUAUUUUUGUGCCCUCCUCCCCAUUAUUCAUUUCUAAAUACGCCUCUGGCCAUGACAGUUGUUCAAUUUCAUGGGGUUGAGCACAAAAUACAUAUAUGCCGAAUUAUUAAUAAAACGAGAUGGCUAGUUACAACUAAAUCCUUGUUGACCGCCGUUGUUAAAAUCAACUCAUCAAAACAUUUUAAAUUACAAUACCGACUUAAAUUUGUCAUUAAGUCUAAAUAGCAUAAUAGUUAAAUAAAAAAAAAAAAACACAUUUUUAUUUUUCUGCGGUAAAAUUAAUCUUAUGAUAAUGUAUAAUCGCGAUUUCACUAUUCUGAUGAUAACAACAAAACAUAACAAAUUUUAAUAUUUAUUUACGAAUCUAACGAUUUGUGUAUUAGAAUCCUAUGGAAAUAAUCUACAAAAAUAGUUUACGCCCACUGUUAGUACGUCUUGCUCCGCGUUUUAAAACUAUACGGGCUAAAUUUCUCAAAUCCAUUAUCUUAUAAAUCAUACCCCUGAGAGAAUAUUGGCAAAACUCAAAAAAUACGAUUAUCGAAUUGUUACUAUCAAACUAUGUACAAUGUCAUCCUUUAUAGUAUUCGGUAUACUUGAAUUUUUCCAUUUACUUAAUAUUAAAGACUGUACGAAUUCACAUUUCUAUCAUUGCAAAUAUAUAUUAUAGUGUGCAGAUUCUAAGCAAACAUAACUCUCUACCUUCAACUCAAGCUUUGCUUAAAGAGGGUGGAUAAACCAAAUUGUUUUCAGAAUACUCGUGUACUUGUAUUUUAAGAAAUGGUUACAUCAAAAAUGAAAAAAAAAAAAUGCCUGUACGUCUUCUUAAAAUAAAUAAUUACAGGCUCCGGCUUGAAUAUUGACACUUCCGAUAUGCGACUUUAUUUUCUGACCCGAUGACCGAUGUUGAUACACUAUAAUUUUUUUCUGGCCAGAGAAAAGUCACGCUAACGUCUCUAAAGUUACAGUUUCACACGAUGGGAAAAAUUACAGCGAGUACGUUAUGAAGUGGUAUUGCGAAACGUUUUGCGAAAGUCGAUUUCCCGGCGUUUUCAUAUUUUCAUUUGCGUCGCCAUUCUUUCAGGGGUGCGCAUAAACGCAUAAUGUACACAAUGUACGAACAUUUCCCUCCCCCCCCCCCCGAUUAUUUUCGUAAAAUAUAAACCGUAACGCGAGAAAUCGGCCGUUUGUCUUCCGUCGCCGGCCCGUGUUUUUCGUUCGCGCACCCGCAAUAACACGCGUAGGUACGGGCAUACGGGUACGCGCGUUAUUCAAAUCCACCGCGAACAUUCCUCCCGGUCAGAUACAAAUCGGUAUUCUCUCGGCCGGCCGGGUCUCUUCUUUCACACAGAGCGUCUGUCCGUUCGUCCGCGCGCGCGCGCACACCUAUCCGCGCGGACGUAUAUACGUGUAUAAUGCACGGCGGGUACCCCUUAUACAUUUUUUUUUUUUUUUUUUUUUUUUUUCCCCGUUCGGACGUAUUAUUAUAAUAUUAUGCGCGCGUAUAAACUUGUGUAUUAUGUAUGGUAUGCACAGUCGGAACAUAAAUAAGCGUGUGCGAUGUCGUUUAAUUUUAUCGCGGGCCGCACAAACGAAUGACGACCGUGUGUACACAACAAUAUAAUAUAUUAUUAUCGGGUUUUUUUUUUUUAUUUUUUUUGUUCGAAUUCUCCCCUAAAUUACAGACACCGUCGCACUAUAUCGUGUCCGCUGUAUCCUUUACUGCAAAUAUUGUAAAUCCGAUAAAAUUUGUUCGGACGUUUUAAAAACAUAUUAUGAUUUCCCCUCGAAAUUGAACACCCUAUACGCUCCCCUAGAGUUGCCCAAUUACACAGCAUUCACGUUUCCACUCCUGUACAAAUGCCGAAAUCUGAGAUCGACACCUCUUUUCGACCCCCCACUUAGUCGAAUUCCAUAAUCGAUCAAAUACAUGUUAAAUUAUUUAUUUACACGAAGUUUCGGAUCACAGACUUUGACGUACCCCGUUUUACCCUGAAAGGGUUGCACCGCGAAAAACUCUUUCUUAUUAUUAGUAGUGCAUAAGCCUGCAUUGUAUAAGAAAUCUCUGUGCAAAAUGUCGAGUUAUUCUCCAGUUAAUGUCGGAUAUUUUGGAUGUAUUUUUUCCCCUAAUAUGUAUAGAACCUAGCAAACAACGGCCGAAAUAUUCAUCAAAUUAUUCGACGGUGAUAAUAUGCAUAAGUACACAAAAUACAAAAACACGUCAAAAAGUGGUUCGUGUACGGUACUUUUUAAUAUAGCGUAAUACACGAUAAGCGCACAAGAAUUGUGUCGGUCCAUUGAUAGAAGGGAUUAGAGGUUUAACGUUAACCAUUCAUAGACGAUAUUGAUAAACAAUAGGUAAAUACAAUAUUUUAAAAAGAAAAAGACAUAUUGUUUAUACAUUUUAAACGUCAAUGUCUACACAAAAUAAUAUUUUAUUUUAAAUCGAAUAACUUUUUCGAUGUGUCUACCAGCCUGUCUGGAAUUAACUAACGACUGCGCGACGUCCGCGAACAGUUUAACGGGCGACGACAUUCGCCGCGGUAUUUUUACAGACCGGACGUCUCGGAGCUAUACAUCAGGGGUAUGGGAGUCGGGAAAGAAAUGAAAACACCGUGCAGUUUACGUUAUUUUUUAAUUUUUAGGACGUGAAAUUAUUUUUCUGUAAAGACAUUAUUGGUUUGUUUUUUCCCGUUCAAGAUAAUAUUAAAAUUAAAUAAUAUUAAUAUUAAAAAACAAAAAAAAAAAACCUAUCUCUUACAGACAACACUAUAUUUUAUAGGGGUCAGCACCGUGUCAAUGUAGGGGAUUACCGACUUUUGCAGGAGUUGACCGUCCCCCGAAACGAAUAUCGCGUCGUCCCACCCUUUUCGCGGGUCCGAUUUACAUUCCGGCCGGCGCGGGGGCGUACUGCACGCGAAUAUGGGAUGUUUCGUGGGACGGGCACCGCCGCCACCGCGCCGCCGAUUUAUUGAAGACGAGUGCGCGCGCGCGUUCGCCCGGUCCGAUACGAAUCGCCGCGGCGGCUGCUCACGAACGCCGCGAAUGCGACGACGACGACGACGACUUCCGUGACGACAAUAAUACCACCACUGUAUAUUUGCUCGCGCGAUCCUAUCCUAUAAAUUACACCAGUGUUUCCCGAACGGGAGGGGAGGGGGGAGAAGCGAACAAAUUGCUGGGGAGGCGCAAUAAGCGGUCAUCACGAAGUAAAAUUCGUAUUUAUUAAACUAUUUGUGUUAAGACAACGCGUAGGGAAAAAAUAAAAAAUAAUAAAUAAUGGCCGGUUAUUGGAGGGCACCUGUAUCGAUAGAGAUUACGACCAAGGCCGUAUUGUUACUCUUUCACGCCGACACUGUACUGAACGUAUUGACCCGAAACUUUGCGUAGACGGUGUCAUUCCGGCGCCCCUGAAUAAAUAUUUAGUAUGGUCAAAUAUCGGGGGGGGGGACGAUAAUUUCACAUACGUUUAAAUUUUUUUUGGCUCGAAAAUGUUACUCUUGAAAUUUGGAGCGAGAUUUAAGGGGGGAAACGAAAAUCGAAAAACUUCAGAAUAAUGAAAUCGUAGUUAACGCGGUGAAAUAAUCCGCUUUUCUUUUUCGUUUUGUUCCCGACGUUUCUCAAUUAUUAUGAAAACCGCUUAGGAAAUCAAAAAAUUACUUUUUAGGCAUCGGCUAGGUCCAAAAUACAACGAAAAUAGUUUCAAGUAAUUUUUUAACCGCAGCGAAAUUCCCAAACGUUUCUAACGGAUUAAAAAAUCACAAGCAUCACAAGGAAAAUAUUAUUGUGGUAAUAAGUUAUAGUCCGUACAAAAACGGCAGUACGCCCCUUCCCCCAAUAAAUGGGUAUCGGACAGUAGAUUGUUGUGGACAAAUCUCAUCGGCGUGAUCAUUAAAAAAUCAAAAAUAAUAUUCAAACAAAUCGGAUUUUAUGACAUUUAUAGAUGUAUUAAAUUAAUGUUAUAAUCUAUAUUAUAAUAUACUCGACGUACGAGUGGCAUAUGUCAAAAAUACAUUUUCUUUUUUUUAACUAAUUGAAAAUUGAAAAUAAUUAAUAUAUUCCAAAAGAACUAACCUAAAAUCUAUAAUUAUUGUAAUAAGUUUUUUUUUAUUUGACAUCGAUCUCGAUUCUUGCACCAAACCACAGAAUAAUACUAUUAAUAUUUUACGCACAUAUAACGUGCACCCAUCUACAAUAUUAUAAAAAACAAACGGACAUGCUUCGCACGUUGGAUGGGCCACUGUCAUUGGUGAGAUUUGAGAAGACAGAGGAAAAAUUUAAUGUAUAUCUAUACGAAAUUUUGCUAACGAAAAACGAUUCUGAACGGAGUUUGGUUGUACAUGCUUUGAAAAGGCCGCAACAUUGACGAUUUGAACAUGCAUCCCGUACAUUUUCCCGUUUUCCCCAGGUUUUUCUCGUUUAUUAUGAAAACACCCCUAAAGUACCGCCCCGGUCAAAUUUCCUUUCGGGAAAAGCGCUACGCUUGAAAACCGGAACGAAAUUUCCGGUAGAAAAAAAAUCGUUUAAAGAAAAAAACAGAAAAAAUUGGGAAAAACCGAACAUCGUUGUGAAACCAAUACGUUUCCCCCGGUCCGCUCGGAAUCAAAUACCGUCCGCCCGGCCUGUACGGGAGUUUGUCCGAACGAUUCCGGAAACGGUCGAUCGGCCGCGCGCAUCGUUCGCCGCUGUCCGCCGCCGCCGCCUUCGCCCCCGUAACACCGCGCGACGCAUUCGCGGCCACCGGCGGCGGCGGCGGCGGCGAACGACCGGAUGUGCGAGGCGAGAGAUACGACCACCGGCACGACGGCGGUGUAAACGCCUACCGCGCGUCGUAUAUUAUGUAUAUAUUUAUUAUUAUUAUUAUUAUUAUUAUUAUUAUUAUUGUUGUUGUAUAAUAUAUAAUAAUACCGGCGGUGUUGUCCACCUGUGUGCGUGUAGCAUCACGGACGCGCGCACCGUGCGUAUAAUACAAUAAUUUAACGUGUAUGCCCGUCUGCGCGGCUGCGGCGGCGGCGGCGGCGAUCCAAUUAAACCGUGUUCACGGCGAUUACGACGUGCGCACUCUCACACCCGGAGACCGCGGCGUGAAAUCGUUUGUCACGCGCCGCACAAUGCCCACUCCGCAGCCGCCGCCGCCGCCCGCACGACGAGCGCGUCAUGACCCCGUCGCCGCGGCCGUCCGUGCGGGUAGGCGAGCCGAAACGGACUGCGUUUUACUGCCGCAGUUACACGCCCCGGACGGCGCGCGGCCGAACGACCGUUACGCGCACGUCGUUUUUUUGCCGCCUGUAAAACGGCGGACCGUGCGUCGUUGCAUUUUCGUUUGGCGACCGGGCACCGGUGUGGCGCGUGUACAGUGGACCGGCCGACGUCGCGAUGUUCCCGAUAUUCCGACAUUCGAGAAUAUCGGCCGACAGGCGCGCACCCGCUGUAUUUUCGGGGGGUAGGCGCGCACGCGGAAUCGAUCGUCCCCUACCAAUAAUUGGCCGAGGAGAAAAAAAAAUAAAUCAAAACGUUUUUGGCGGAAAACCAGAGUGUAUCGUCCGAUUGUUUUGGCGUCGUCCAACAUUUACGCACGGCUAGAAAAACUGUUCUGCAUUUUCUCGGACGGUUCGGACUCGUCAUACUCGCACUCGCGCUUAUCCGCUACGCCGACACGUAGACGCCCCCGCAGCCGUUAGUCGGGAUGAAAUCGCGAGCGAAUUACAAUAUCAACGUCGACAAUUCGUCGCUGUUGUCUACAGCGUUCGAUUGGCAAGUAUACGCGGUAUGUUGCCGUUUGAACGGAAGAACGCGACGUUUCGGACGGACAAAAGCUCGAGGCGCUAAAACGCACCGUAUAGCGGGCGAUUUUUACCGCUCGUCCGAUUUUAAAAAAAAAAACACGCGUUCGAAUACGCUUUGUACUUCUCGCCUGGGGUUUCGCGGGAGACGCGCGUUCGGUUUCCCGUUCGCCGUACCCGAGUCCGGAGUACGCGACGGUGGGCUUUCCCGCGCUGUUUUCCCGAAACGAAUUCGUACUGCGAACAGCUCGUUCUCUCGCCCGUCCGCGCAACGUCACGGAUCAGCGCGUACCGACAGUCGACACGCGUCCGCCCCGCGCGGUUUUCACAAUGUUCGCGCGGCCACUCGCCGCCGCCGCCGCCGCCGCUGUUCCCGGCCCGAUCGGGAACGUAUCGUACGACACCACGCCCCUGCGAAUCCGUUCCUACGCGGCCCGCCGACGCCGCGCGGCGUUCGUCGUAACACCGCGUUACGUAUUGUUGUACGCGUGUACGUACGGCGUGCGAUAAUGUGUCGGUGUACCGCGGCAAUAAAAAUAUUACGCGCGCGCGUGUGCGCGCCUCUGUACCCGCGGUGGAAUGUGUUAAUCGCGGCGAUAUUAUUUAGGUGUCGGCGGCGGCGACGGGCGAAGAGGUCGGACGCUCGGGGUCGGCGCGACCGCCGCGGGUAUUUAUAAUAAUAUUAUAAACGCGUUUCGGCCGCGGCGUGCAUUCUUUCUCAUUGUCGUUUACGUGCGCGUACAUGCGUAUUAAUGUUAUUGUGCUCGUGCGGGCCACGAAACACGUACCGAACGCGGUACACGCGGUACACGAUAUUUAUUGUAUUGCGCCCGUCGGCCGCGUAUUACGAACACGCGCGGAUAACGUAAUGUAAUGACGGGGGUGGUGUACGGCCGUCCGGCACACAAUCCCGGAGACCGGCGUGUUCGUACUCUCGUAUUAUUAUUGUUGUUGUUGAUGUUGUUGUUGUUGUUGUUGUUGUUGUUGCUGUUAUGCCGCGGCAUUCCGAUCGCUCCGAAAUAUCGUACGCCGCGGGCGACCUUUGUGCGGAGUAUUUGUCAAUGGCGGCGACCGGACCUCGUGUGCGUUGCCGAGUGAGUCUGUUCGUCGCCGUCCCCGCGGCGCGCGUUUUUUUUUGUUCGGUUGCUCUCGGUUCCCGUAACGCCCGCGGUACGCCGACGACCGUCUUCCGCCUCCGCCGGACGGGCGUCGGUCGUUUCCGCCAAAAAAACUUGAUUUUUGUUUCCGCCAAAUCAAUUUCUACCUAGCCGUCUAGAUUAUUAUAGCUCGAGUCACCCGGCGGCCGGCACAUUGCAGUCACACUUGCUCACAGCUAGCUAUCUGAGCCCGACACGCACACGCUGUCUACACAUGACGCGAGAUUGAUUAUAUUACAUUUAUAUUAGCUAGGAAUUACUACGCGUAAAACGACCUAUCUCUAAUCUAUCACCGUAUCAAUAUCGAACGGUUUAUCCCGAAUCUCGACACGCGUCGAUGAUUGACAACACACUGUAUUUAGACUAGGGGUCGUCAUAUCUCAUCUCAAUAACAUUAGUAGAUUUGAUGACCGCGCCGCCGGACGUUGCGUUAUUGGGGCGCAACACGAUUGCGCACUUUAUACCCUUUUGUAUUUGAGAAAAUACAACACGAUUGCGCGCUAAAAUAUUCGUAUAUUCUUUUUUAAUACAAGAACUCACAAUUUGUGUGGCUACGAUAUUUUCUGGAGUCACGUCGUGUUUGGGCUCGUUUAACAUAUUCGACACUUUGGUCACAUCCCUGUUAACGAGUAAGCCGACAGAACAACUUUUGUUUGUACAGCGAUACCGAAUAUUACUACCACAGUAUUUCAGAACUGUAAAUUCACUAUAUUUAUACCCACUAACUAAAAUACAUGGCUUACCAUUUUCUGUUUCGAAUUUUUGUCCUGUUGGUGUCUCCAUUUUUCAAAACCAAAUUAAAAAAAAAAAAAAAUAACGGAAAUAUUGGUACAUGUGCACAACUUUCAUUCACGUUGUGAUACAAUUGCCACAAUACAUUAUCACGUUAAUGAACUUUAAUUUAAAACUAUCUACAAAAACCGGUCACAUUAAAAAUAAAACGGCAAUACGUCGGAAAACACGGUCAUCAGUUAUCAACGGUAAAAUAUUAUUUAGGUCUAGCUGAGCUUGUGGUAGAUACCUAUACUGUUCUGCGUGUGAAUUUCUAAAAACUAUAAUAAUUUGAACCGAUAUUUUUUUCGUUAUUUGUUUUUUCAAAUGUCGUUCGACGGAAACCAGGUUAGAAAACUGUCCUCGCUCGUCCGCGUCGGAUGAAAGUUUGAGACGACGGGCCGCGGACGUAUGGAUAAAAAAAAUGGCGAUCAGAUAUUGUGUUAUAAUAUUCAAAUACGUCUCAGCCUCUAUUAUUUUAUAUUGUUAUGUAAAAGGCCGGAUCCGCAAGUCUGCAGUGAUGUGUCUGGACUUCCGCACACUCGUAUUAUACACGUUUAUCUCUUACGCUUAGAACGUAAAUUGCGCAAUUCAGUUUACGGGAUUAACGCGAUAUCGACGGUAUCGUUACAUUCGAUUUUGUUGUGAUUCGGUUAAAAAUAAUCGUAGAGACCCGAAAUGUUCACGGAAUACUUAAAUUAGCCUUUUCUAGACGCGGUGAAAUUUUGCUAUGUCUCGCGCGUUAGUAAUACGAUUGUAAAAAAUCAUAUCCGGAUGAAUUGUAGAUGUUGCGUUAUCAUUGGACUAAUUAAAUCUUGUCAUUAUUUUAUCGUUUGACCUCGUUUCCAUUUCAUUAUACCUUAUAAAAGGCCGAAUCCGUCAGUCUGUAACAAUUUUUUUUUCGUAUACUUAGAACUUAAAAUCUGUCCGUAUCAUCUAUUAAAAUAAACGAAUUAAAUAAACCGAGAAUGUGCCUUCGAGGAGAAUUUAAACUUUCAACUCUGGCCCCUACAGUUUGUAUGCUGAAAUAGAAGGCGGGAAAUUCGAUUCUGUGUAUAUUGUACGGAGUUCAUUAUUGUAUUGGAUAAUAUUAUUUUUUAUUAGAUUAAAUCUGUCGGACGUUUAAAAUAUCAAGAUCGGCCGUCAAUACAGUAUUCGUCUGUAGGAUCCUCUGCUAAUUUCUGACGUCACUUACAACGUACGUACGUUAUAAUUACGUAUUAAAUAAUGUGUUGGCCGGACAUCUAGUCACGUUUCGGACGUGUCUCCACAGCAGCUGUUCGGCCAGUUUACCGGCGCGAACGGAUGGACAGGCGGAAAUUUCGCAAUCGGAUAUCACAUCGAACACAAUAAUGUUGUGGUUGUAAAAAUAUUCUACGCGCGACUGACCGGGGAAGGGGAGGGGGGGAGGGGAAACAUUCUCUCCGUUCCGGCUCAUCGUCGUCGGUAUUGUAAGAUCGAUAUAAUACGUGUAUAAUAUAAAUAUUAUGAUAUUUGACACGCGCGAUGGUUGCAAGGUUCCUUCACAUUUCGGUCCCGUCCGUCAGCGACGGCGACCCGCGAUGAAUGAAUUAGCGAGUUCGGGCGGUGAUUCUUUUUCCCGUUUUAAUCGUGGCCGCGCAACAAAUUGGAAUUUACGAUAACUUUUAUCCCCGUCCGUAAUAAAGCUGACAUCCGUCUUAACACGUAUCCCAACACACACCGUACAUAUCGUCACGUGUUAUUGACUGAUAUGUUAUGAUAAUAUCGAUGGUGUUUUCGUAGAAGAGCGUAUACGUACCACUAGAAAUCGAAAAACACGUUUUUGGUAUAUAAAAAAAAAAAAAAAAAAAAGGAAAGAAAAAUGAUAACAAUUAAGAGCGUAAAGUGGUAAUAGGGCGCAUUUAAAUAUAGAAAAUUAAGUCGGUGAUGUCGACUAAAACAUAUCCAGACGCCCUUUUAAAAUAUAUUUAAACCAACACUGAUUUGUUAAAAGGGCUUAGAUCAUGUCCAAUGCAUGUAUACUUUGUGUACGAGUAAUUUUAUUGUUUUUCAUGAUGAACAUUAUUAAAAACGGUUUUGCUUUUCUUUUUACAUAACAGUGUUUUUUGCAUUCUGGAAAAAAAGUGAAAUUCGGUUGACGCCUUCUUAACAAAACACCGUCAUUAUCAUAAAUCUCGUCUUGAACUUAUAGUAUCGAUCUAAUUGAUAGAAGGUAAAUCUAUAUCUGCAACAAUACGUGUCUCAAAACUUGAUAGAAUGGAAAAUAUUAUAGUAUUAUCGAUAUUGAUCAAACCAUAUUAGCGUAUCCGUAGCUGUUUUGUUCUGUGUUUUAUAGGCCAGUAAUGGUUAUACCUUCUUUGUAAAUCGCGAAAUGAUGGUAGCAACAUAACAUCUCAACCAAUAACGCGUGACAAUAGAGUUGAGAUGAGUAUCGUUUUACACAAAUAUAACGAUGCCUCGAUAAUAUUUUUGACAAAAAUUCGUGAAUAGAGAAUGAAUUCGAAAAGAAAACAUGGAAGCCCACGAAAUCGGUAUCAUAUACAGGGGAGGCGGAGAGUUAGGAGUUUAGACCUUACCCCGGAAUUUGAAAAACGCAUUAUAAAAUACAUCACUAUAUAGUUCUUACUAUUCUAAUAAUACUCCACUCAGAAUCGUUUUUCGUUAGCUAUAGUUUAUUUUUGCGUGCAGAUGAAAUUAACCAUCCUCUCUUUCGAAUUUCCCUCCUAAAACAACGGUACUGCACUCAACGGCAGACGAUACUGUCUUUUUUUGGUUUUUUUUUUUUUUAUAUAUACCUAUUCGAAUACAGCCGAGCAGAAAAAAAAUUAUUUUAUAACCGCGUAAUUUGUAUUCCGAAGCCGUCCGCGAGCGGAUAAUAUUUCAUAUUUUCAAGUUUCCGCGGAGAUUACCGUGCGCAAAAACUCAAAAAUCGUUUAAACGCGUAUAUAUACACAAUAUUAUUAUUAUUAGGUACGUAUAACUAUAUUUACGAAAUAUUUUAAUAAUCUUCCGUUGGAUGGUUAGAAAAAAAAAAAAAACAUUUCAGCCGAGCACGUCCUAUUUAUGUCUAUUCGGGGGGGGGGGGGGGCACACGCAUAUUUUUUAACGACAUUUUUUAUUAUAUUAUAUAGGCAAAACGUACGUCGUCGAAUCUAUAGGAUUUUCGUAUAAAUUUUAAACGGCGUAUGUUAUAAUAUUUACAACGCUCAUUUAGUCAACACCUAUAAACACGUCGUCGUUUAACGAUCGCGGCGUAAUGCGUUUAAGUGCGUAUAUUUCGAGAACAGUCGUCGAGAUUUUUUUUUUUUUUUAUGGGCGCCGCCGUUAAAAUACAUAAUAUAAUAUUUUCACCGAUCUCGGGAGUAUUUUUUCAAAUUAAUUUUUUUUUUCGUUCGAUAUCGUCAACCUAAUUCCUAUAAAAAAAUUUUAACACCAAAAAAAGAAUUUUGAAUUUACGAUAUUUACAAUUAACGUAAAUGAUAACGCAAAUCGAUUAAUAUCAUGUUGACCUAAAACAAAAAAAAUGUAUUAAUCCGCGAAAGUGCUGAUAAAAAUACUAUAAAAAAAUUCAACGCAUUGGAGAAAACGUCUUAUCUCAAUAUGUGGUAAUUUUGUUGCUAGGACUUUUGCGACCAAUAUGUUUUUUGAUUCUUCUGAACAGUUCUCGAUUGAAGUUUGAACAACUAUUGAGAAUUUUUUUCGGCCCGAGCGGUAUGUAUUAAAACGCGACACGACGUGGUUUUUCAUCGAGCAAAUGAUUUUUGGUGUACUCUUACAGGACACCGACAUCGUUGAUGAAGCUGCCAUAAAACCCCUUAGAACCAUCAGUCCGGUUUAUACCGUACACGGGCCGAACUCGUAUAGGGUCUGUAAAUACGCUCACGGCGCGGCGGCGGGGUACGACAUCACCGCGUCACCGCGCGAAACGAAAACAAAUCGACCGCUUGCGUUUCACAUUAUCAUCAUAUUAUAGAUAUCCAUACCUGCCUGCCUAGGUACCUACAGCUACCGCGCGCUAUACAUAAUAUUAUAACCGAGUCGUAAAUUAUACCGGGUGCCGCCGAGAAUGGAAAUAAAAAAAUAAUAAUAAUAAUAAUAAAAAAAAAAAUCGAAAAAAAUAAUAAUAACGCACGCGUUAGACGGCUCGCAGACACAAUGGGCAGCAGAAACGAAUACGAACCGGCGACGACGCGACGGGCUAAUAAUAUUAUUAUUAUAAUGGAUAUUAUAAAGUACCUAUGCGAGCGAGUAUGUGACGUGCGGCGUCUCUAUAGUCGUAUACUAUAGAGGUAUUAUAGUUAUCGGUAAAAAUGCGAUAGGCGUGUAACGACCGAGACUGGAUGGUAAAAAGAGCGAAUAAACCGUUUGAAUCCGACGUCUUUUUGUCUAUCGCGACCCUAUUGUCCGCGUGCGAUGCGUACGCCACCGUUCCAGUAUGUAUAAUAUAAUAAUUAUUACACAAUAGUGUAUAGUAUACGCGAACGCCGAAUAACGCAUCGUAUAAUACGUAUUAAUAAUAAUGUGUGCAUCAGGCGCUCGGCGGGGCGAUUUCAACAAUUUGUUCACUUCGAUUCGGUCCCACGAAAUUAUUGUGAGGCCACGUACACCGUAUAGUGAGAGAGACGAAAUAAAUACCGAUAUAACCGCAACCGCAUAAAUUAUCAAAAAAAAACGUUACGGGACGGACGUGUCAUCGCGGGCGAUGCGCAAUCCGCAGGUCGGAUAUUAUUUAGGAACGAAUGUAAAGGCCGUAUGCUGCUGAUGGGUGUACCAAAGAGAAAAGUUGUAAAGACGGAUGACGUAAUAAAUUUCCUGUGCGCACCGAUAAACCAUCGGUAACUAAAAACGUUUUACUGAGACGAGUAUUAAAUUAAUCGCAAUUUUAAUCCCCUUGUUGCCAAGAUAACCCAGAAAUCAACCAAAAUUACACAUCAAAUUGCCAAUUUUUUCCCAUUUGUUGAGGAAAAUACAAGGAAAAUUAACAAAAAGACCGACUAGACCAAAAAUAUUCCACAAAACAGUCCCUACAAACGUUUUGGUUUGAACUAGGUAAAAAAGUUGUUCACAGAUAACUACUCAAAAACGUAUCUUGAUAAAAUCAUUCUCGUUUCACUUAGAAUAUAAAUAUUAUUGAAGGCGAUGGUUUAUAUGUGAAUUAGAGAAAAGGUAGGCCAAAAAUGUGACUGUAGAGAUAAUGUCGCGUAGAGUAGACGAAGAAACGGUAAUUUAAAACUUGAAACGUUUAUAUAAAACUACGUAAAAUAUGAACUCGUGAUUUAUAAGCAUAAAAAUGAAUAAUUUCAUAGAAACGUUUUUUUUUUUUUAUACACUCACUUGUUUAAUAGUUUCUAAAUGAAGUUCAUUUUACUAUUUAUUUCUAUGAACCUACGUUGCCUCAGUGAUUUUAUUAACAAUUAUAUUUUUAUAUGGGCAUGCUCUGUAUACCCUUCCUAACCAACCUAAUAUAUUAUUUAAAUAAUCUCUAUAAGACGUCUCACAAUAGAAUUAGCCGUCACCUCUGUAUUUUAAACGAAAUUGCUUAAAUUAUUUUCCUAAAUUCUCUAUGUACAAAUUUGAAUGUAAAUUAAAAUCAACGACCCACUUAAAGUUCAAUCUAAUUAAAUUACGAACUCAGCUCGAUCAAAAUUUAUUCCAACAAAAUAUGAAAUUCAUGGGCCUUUCGUGCAUACACUUUAAACAUGAACGAAUCUAUUUGAACUCGUAUAUUCCUAGUUCUGCGAUGAUUGAUAUAAUAUGGAGAGGAAAUGUGAACUAUGAUCGAUCCUGCCCAUGGAUCGUGAUUAAGCAAAUAAUAAUUAAAAAGAGCUGAUACUAGAGAUGGGAGAGGCCACUGUUGUAUGUGAGAAAUUGGGAUGAUGGGAUACAUAAGGUUAUUUCAUUUAAUCUGCAAGCGAUAAACCAUUGCUUGACGAAAGACGAUUUCAAGAGUAGUUCAAUAAUACAUAAUUUGAAGUACCGUAAUUUUUUUUGUGAAAAAAGAGCCAGUUUUUGUGUCGUUCGUGUUUUUAUAAAAUAACGAAAUCGUAAAAUUGUACAUUUCCCUAUGUUUUUUGCCACUUUAAUGCUUUUAUUUAAAAAUUGGUACUGAACAACAAAAUAUGACUUACAAAAUAAACAGCAUUGUAAAACUAAUAGCUCCAUCGCUACACUCAGAAUCUGAAAUUUAAUGAAAGAAUUGUGGUUUAAGAAGUAUGGUUAAUUUGCUCGAAAUUCUCCUUCGAAUUAACGAAUGUACCUUAAUGCGUUGUUUUUAAUCGGAUUACUGCGAGACGUUCGAGGGACCGAUCAUUGACUUUGAAUAACCGAAAGUUUCGAAUUAUCGAGAAUCGACUAUCGACUAGAGCUAAUUUUUUUUAACACGCACGCCACUCUACGGAGAGAUCAUUGAUGUGCAACAGUGUGUUCGACAUCAAUGUUUCGCGGCUAUAUUAUACGAUGUGUAUUUAUAGUAUGGACCCAGAGGAAAAACGACUACCAGAACAGUGGUAUAUAGUGACGGUGUAAUAUUAUCAUAUUAUUAUGCGACGGCGGCAGCGGUGAUGACGGUCGGUCCUCGUCGGCGUGGGUCCGAGGCCGACCAAGACGACGGUCUUUUGUCGGCUCCCAGAGAUUUUCGGACACGAUUUCGGGUUGAUUGACGUUGAAUCCGAAACGAAAAAAUAAAAAAAAAAAAAAAUAAUGAAAACGAAAAAUAUAAAAUAACAAACCGGACGGGACGCGCGCGGGCGAACACGGAGGUACAACGUGUGUGCAUCAUGAUGGGGACUCUGGCCGACGGAACGAAUUAUCGUUAACGGAUCACCGAGCCGAGAGGUGUUAAUGUGCCGCGGCAAAGAAUCCAGUCGGGUUUCUUCUUUGGGUAUUUUUUAUUUUUUUCGACGUGACUCGAAAUAAAUUACCGGUGAUUUAAAGAAUAUAAUAAAAAAAAAAAAAAAAUGAAAAAAGACGCGCGACAUGGCGGGCGAUAGAAAAACUACGCGCACACGCAAACACACACACACACAUGCACACAAAUACGACACGCAACAAUAUAGUAUGUACAGAUAUUUUAUACAGGGUCGAUAAUUACGAAAACGACUUCGGUGGCCACGCACUCGAACGGUUAAUAUUCACCAAACACCACUCGGUAUACACACUGCAGCGUUUACACGCGCCAUAUCGUUUUAUACAUUAUAACAUGUAACAGCAGUGGUGGUGAACCGAUAUGAUUUUUCCGAUAUCCGAUAUUUGCGCUACCGAUAUCUAAAAUAAUAUUAUUUGAAACCGAAAACCACUAUAGCCGAUACUAUACAUUCUUCUUGUCCUUUCCCGAACUAAACGGUUCCUGUAUAAUAGCGCUGUAGGACCGGAGCUGUCAAUCCUUUCCUUAUUAUCCUGCUGAACGACGAUUCAUGUCCACGUCCACUGUAGGGAUUUCUUUUACCACAGCCUCUGUCCAUCCCAUACACAUGCACGACUUUUCUAUCACGUGAUUUCAGUUAUGAUCUAUUUUAAUAAUUUAAUCAAUUUCGCCUCUCGAUGGUGGCCAAACCAUUCCAAUCUCUUGGUUCUUAUUUGUAUGAUUAUUACGAUGUAUUCGGUUUUCAAUACAACAUGUACAGGUAAUUAUUUUUCCUUCUUUCAAACGUCCUUAGUCUAAUGUUUAGUACACUGGAUCAAAAAUUCUCCUCAAAAUCUUUCUUUCGAAUAUCGCAGCUCUUUUGCUAUCGCUUUUUGUCAUAGACCGUGUGUCGCACGUAUAAGUGACGGAUAAGUCUCAGAAAACUAAUACCUAAAGAGUAAUGUUUUCGACUUAUUUGACAACAGUUCAGCUUUUAAUUUUUAUCAUAACUUAUUCAUGCUGUGUAUGAUAUUGUGUCAAUUGAAAACCCGAAUUUUUUAAAGGCCUCUUUUCAUAUUCCAGAGACAUUAUCGGGUAAAAUAUAGAUUUUGAAUGUCGUUAUAACAACACGUGUCCGCCGGACUAUACACACAAAACGUUAUUGAUAAUUUAUACUGCACAUAUGUACGACUGCAGUUUAUCGUACGAGACGCACGUAAUUUUAUAUUAUUUCCGGUCGCAAAAUCAUUAGGUACUAUCGUAGGUAUGGGCACGUUAAAAAAAACACACACACGGUGUUGGCGCCGCCAACAAAAAUAAACGUCUCGCAAAGUGAUAAAAACACGCUAGAAUUUCGGACGCGACUGACUUAAGAAAAUAUAAUACGUGUAUACGAGUUUCUCAUGUAAACUGAAAAAACAAAAGGCACGUUUCGGUAAUAUUUUACAUUACAUAAUAUUACAUUACGACACUCGUGCGUCAAAUGACAAUGACUUAUUCGAUCACAAUAAUGUAAAAUAUGUUUUGCGCGCAUAAAACGUAAACUCGGCCACGAGAUCGGUUCGCCCGGGAAGCGUAUAGACAUUCCGGUACACGUUUCGGCACCUGGGAAGCAAUCCCUGCUUGAGAUUAGUCCAUUUCACCAAUCGUUUGUGUGCGGGAACAUUAUAUUAUGCGGUUACAGGAUAUCGGUACAUAGAUGGCGUCUCGACGCGUUAAAAUACCGUUUAUAAACCCGCUGUUGUCGGGUCCGAUACCGACGAUCGCCGAACAAGUUUGUCGCGUACGUCCCCUUGUUCUGUGGUUUUGCAUGACAAAUACAAAGUUAUUUUCGAUUUGAGCGAUCGAAGCAAUUUGACAUCAUUGUUAGCAACAACGCAGUAUGACACUUUUGCACGCGCACGAUAAAACACAGCGCGAUAAAUUUGAAUCGUCCUGGUACCGGAAACGGAUCCGAAAAUGAUAAUACGCGGGUCCGGGAAACGAAGACUUUGACGAUGGACGAUGUCAUCACUUACGAUUGUCCGUCUUAUAGGAAAUCUUGUAAGUUAAGGGGGACGGACCAAAUGAUGCGUCGUGCGUACAAUGAUAUAGUACCGGAAUACACACUGCGGGAUUUACUAAUAUCGUCGAACAAAACAAAAUCGUUUACGCAGCGUUGUUUUUUAUCUACACAAACGUAUCUUGAUAAACUAUCUGUAUCUAUGUGAAUCUCGUCUAACCGUAUGAUAGAAACGACUUAUCUAAGGCGCUGUUUGAGGCGAAUAAUUAUUGAACCGUCUGAAGAUGAAACUUUUAAAACCGUAACGUACGGUUAUAGAAAUAAUAUAGUAACAUGUUCAAUUAAUAUCACGGUCGAAUUAAUUAGUUACAUCAAACGCGCAGUUUUUUCGAUAAUACGCGCAGCCUUAUCAUUUCGUUUUGCGAUAUUUUUUUGUUUUUUUUUUUUUUUUUUUCAUCUAGAUAGACAAAUUAUUACGGAUCUAUUAUUCUUAUCUAGGUAUUUUAAAAUGUAUCUGUGACACAACGCUGUUGAAACGGAAUAGCCCGGUUACACGUGCCAUUAUUUCGGUCGCGAAAUGCGCGCGUAAACAAACGUGUCCGUCCAAUGGCAAUUAAUAUGCAAUUUGUGCGGUUACAGAUGACUGUGAAAUGGUUGUCCGUGCUGGUCGCGCUGACGUACUGGUGCUGCUGCUCGACCCGUCACACCGUCUUCGUGGCGUGCGCGUCUACGCGGCUACAGGACUUCCCGCUCGUUGAGUCCAACGACCCGGGCAUCGUGCCCGACCUCGUCGAGACGCCCAACGCGGCGUCGGACCCCAAGCCCGCCGACCUCAACGUCACCACCCUGCUGGCCAAGCUGGGCGCCAAAUUCGAUCCCAAAUGCAUGAGCUUCAUGGCGCCCGAACACCUGGUACCCAUCGACGACGUGCCGUUCAGGUCAGUUCGACAGUGUAUCAAUACCAUUACUGCGCGAAAAUACAUGUUAUCGUUAUCACUAUUAUUAUUAUUGUUAUUAUUAUGUGUCUCGCUGCGGCCAUCGCACCCGCGAUAAGGGAAAUACGACGGUUCCCCUCGAUAUAUCACACGUUCAAAACAUUUCGCGGUCGAAACAUCCCCCGUCCGAUUAUUAUUAUUGCUGACAUUGUUCGUGUAUACCGGUCAAAAACGUUUCGCGUCUGGCAACAAACGCGCCGUCACGUCCAUAAUAAGCCUGUGAACAAACCUAUUCCUUAGCCACAGUGCCGAUCGAUAUUGAAAUCUCUCAAAUUAUUAAUAUAUUUUCUGAUUUAUCUUUAGACUUUACUACGACGUUACAUUCGUAUAGUGUACGUAUUAUAUAUAAUUAGUGGGGGGGGGGCGGAAAUCCGGAUUUGCUGAAGUCCGAUGGUCCGGAUUUUCAAUCGAAAAUGCGUUUGAAACCGGAGUUUUUUUUUAUUUUGAACUUUUUGAUUUUGCAUGAACUUGCAUUUUUUUUUUUUUUUUUUUUUUUUAAUACAAGUAUAAAAAAAAUUUAAGCCCUUAUUGCCUUCUUCAUAGGACUAAGUAUAUUAUAUGGGGUAUUUUAGUUUAUAUUUGUACGUACAGAUAAAUUGUUGCCAACUAACGAACGACGAAUUAACAACGAAUCUAAGCAGAGUUUAGUAAAAAAAAUAACCGAGUUUUAAUAAAUAUAAUGUUGAAAACCGUGUUAAUUUGAGUUAAUUGUCUCUAUAAUACAAAAUAAAUAAUAAUUGUUCGUGGUUUUAACUAAUUUUAUCAUUAAUUCGAACAUGAAACUCUUUUAAGAAUAAUUUACUACGUUGCGUUCGACUUUUUGUUAUGAUUACUAAGUAUAAAUACUUAACCUUGCAUUAAAUUUUAAAUCAUUUUAACCACACGAAACUAAAUAAAAUCUGAAAUAAACUAAAAUUUCUGGAAAGGGAAAAUAUUUUAAGUAUUUGAUGUCAGGUCUCUACGAUUAUUUAUAUAGGAUUACAAAAAACAAAAUCAAAUACGACCGUUAUUAUACGUACAUUUUUCCGUUUUUCUGAAUUUUUUUCCAUACUACCUAUAACUAAUAAGCAAAUGACAUAAAAACUAAAAUAAAAUAUUCACUUAAAUAAUCGAACAUAAUACGCCCAUAUUGCAUCAUCUCGUGGAAAAUAUGCCGACAGAAACCCUACCUAAGAUAUGAAUGACUGAAAUGAGAUUAUUUCUGGCUGAAAAUUGUAUUAUAGACUGAAAACAAUUUUCUUUUUUUAAAACACAUUAUAGUAUAAACAAACAUUCUUCACUUCGCUCUGCAGAAUCUAAAAGUCUUUUAAACACGUAUGUAUCUCGUAAACGGAGUUUUCAUUGUUGUAUUUUUUUUUUCUUUUGCGAUUUGCUAUACAAAUUUGAAUAGGUAUAGGUACGGUUUUUACUCAGUUCUCACUAAAAAAAUUCUCGAUUACGUUUAGUUUCGAAAUACCACGACUAAGAUAAUAAAUAUUAUCGCCAGAUAUACACGUGCGUUAAACAGCUAGUCUAUACUGAAAGGUGUAUUAAAUAAAUAAAAUAAAACCACUAUAUUUAUGCAGGUAUACAAAAAUACCUACCUAUACAUUUCUGAGGUAUAGAACACGUUAUGUUAAUUGUGUUCAUAUUAUUAUACACACGGGCCAAUGGACAAUGUUUAAAUUAGCGAACCGAAUGUCUACCUAUUCGGAUGUGAUUUUCGCGCGAUUGUUUGCGCUCGUCCGAAUCGAUUACAUCGCCACUGUUACGGUCUGCGACUGAAAUAACCAUCGGACUAAUCAAAACCCUAUUAUAAACGGUCAUUUUACCAAGCAAAUCCAUCUUAUAUUGAUGAUGUAUGUAACGACUUACAUACUUCGCACAACGGGUAAGCUACUGUUGUAGGUGGAAGUUGGGAAAGUAGAUAUAGAGGAAAAUUUAAUUUAUAUCUGUGCUAAACGAUAAACCAUUGCCAGCUGAAAACGAUUUAAAGUGAAGUUUCUUUUAUACAUGGACGUAAAUCUUCCGGCUUUUCCCCGAUUAUUAUGAAAACCGCUAGGAAAAUCUAAAAAUGGCCUCUAUACAGUACCACAUAGUGAGCAUUUCUUAAGUUGUAAAUUGCAACUUUUUAUUAAAUGAACGCAGACGAUGUACAUUUAAUUAUUAUCAGUUGAUCUUUAAUCAUUUAAUAUCAUUUAUAUUUCAUCGGUCUGUUAAUCAGUGCGCGCUUUCGUACAUAAUAUUUUAUACGUUUCUGAAGGGAACGAGGAAUAUAUUGUUUACAAUGAUGUUCAUUUCUUUUUCUCUUUUUCUGCGAACAACAGAAAUUUGGCUUCGAUUUUAUUUGAUUUGUACUUUUAAGAAGAUUAUUUUUUGAUUUUUCAAUAAUAAAUGGGAAAAAUCGAAAAAAAUAUAGAAAAACGAGACAAUUUACGUUAUGUAUUAUUCUCAAAUCGUAAAUAUUACCACCUUUAAACCAUGUACAACCGAACUCAGCUCAAAGAUUGGAUUAUGUCAAUCCAUGACAUGAUGAUCCAGCCUCGUCCACGUGUUUGCCAACAAACUUUUUGAUUUCGUCUGCUAUUAUAGGCAGAAUCAUAUUGCGGUGAAUUGCAUCGUUUCUUACAAACCGGUAUACUGCGGUUAUAUUCCGAAGGACGAUGUUUUGACAGCGUAUUAAUGUUAGACUUACUGGCACAAUCCCACACUUGAAUACCCAGGUCCGAAUUGGUUUUAUAAUCACAUAAGCUCCGUAUAGUAGACGUUUGUUUUCACAGUUGGCUCGGAGUGGGUCCCGACUAACCAAUAGAACUUUCGCAUUUUUUUCUUUAAUCUGUAUUUUUUUUUUUUUUUUUUUGACGAAUGUGGUGUUUCCAAUUUAAACGUGAAUCGAGAUGAAUUCCAAGGUACGUAAUAAUGAUCGUUUCACUGUUAACAGUGGAAUAAAACUGAUUAAAACGUUUGAUUUCAUUGAAAUUCGAACGUAAACAAACAUAACUUUCGCCAUAAAAAUUUGUAUUAUCGUCGACUCGGCCCUAAUCGCUAAAAACUACAACAUAAUUUAUAGUAGAGAGUAUUCAAAUCGAUAUAUCCUCGCGUGUUGUCGCCAUCUUGCAAAAACCUAACGACUUUACGUUCAACAGGGCGACCUGUGCGAUUUUCAUAUUACAGUGAACAUUUUGACCUACUACUAUCAAACUUAAAGGUAAGAUCAUUAUUUGUGUGUUUGUAUGUAUAUGAUUUUUUUAUAUUUUAAUAUUUAGCGAAUUAUGAAUGAUAAUAUACCUAAAUAAUAUGUAAAAUUUCACAAAACUAAUAAAUCUCGCUAAAAAUUAAAAUAUAAAAAAAAAUCAACACACAAACACAUACACAAUAUGUUAAUACUUACCUUGAAGUUUGAUAAACUUACUUUAACAUUAAAAUUAACAGCAUAAAAUCAGUGCCGUUAAAUACGAAUUUACUAUGGCAUGCGACUAUAAGGCUGAAACAACACACGCGGGUAUGACAUCAUCUUAUGAAGACGUCAUACCAACCGCUUGAGCUGUUUUUUUUUUUUUUUUUUAACAAUCGUAACUUUAUAAAUAAUUAAUAUUUCAUAAACCGUCGAUAAUAUUAUAUGUUAGUCAUCUACGAAUUAUACAAUAGGCUCUAAAAACGAUUUUAAGGAUCUUUUAAACAGUUUACUUAUACAUUUUUUUUUCAUUUCAAGUGAAUAAUUAUAUUAUUUAAAAUGAUAAUACAUUAAAAUUAUUAACUAACAUUAAUAAUUUAUAUUUAGCAUUUAAAAAAAUGCUGUUAGAUUGUUUCACUUCAAUAAUUUUAUUAAAAUUAACAAAAAACUUAGAUUAGGUAAAUUUAAAAAAAAAAGAGCUGAUACUGGGUGCAGGUGCACUACUAUUGUAUAUAGAAAUUCGGGAAGGUAGGAUACAUAAAAUUAUUUAAUUUAUACCUGUUAGCCAUUGCUAACAAAAAACGAUUUGAAACUAAGUCCGUUUUUUUUCCUACUAAAAACGAUCAAUAAUGACCCUCCUGUUAAAUUUUCAAUAAUUUCUGUUUAGUUUAAAAAUUUUAUCCACAAAGUACCUAACAAAUAAAAAUUAUCUAAAACAUUUUAAAAUUAAAAUAUCUAUAAUAGCUCAAAAAUGAUUCAAGUGUUUUUAAAACGACCUCGUCUAGAAAAAGCAAUAUAAGUUGUUUAUCCAAAUUUCAAAUCUCUACAAAUAUUUUUAAUUGAACCGCAACAAAAAAACAAAUUUGAUAAUGAAAAAAAAAAUUAUUUUCGUAAAUUGUUCCGUUCUUUUUAAGUUUUUUUAGAUUUUACUCAACUAUUUAAAAAACUACUAAAACCACUUUUUAACUCGUCGACUAGAUUACUAGAUAAAAAAAUUCACUUGUCGGUUUUUAAUUAAAACAAUAUUUCUAGUAGAAAACUUAGAUGGUAAAAAUUUUAAACAACAAAAUUGGUGAAUUGGUGAAACACCAUGGAUAUUUACCGGUUCGCAUUUAAUGUUCUUUCCGGUUUUCUUAUUUAUUUUGAAAACCCCUCGAAAAAUCCAAAAAAUUACCUCUUUAAUGGCACUAACUAGAUCCAAAAUGUAACAAUAAAAGUUAUUUGUCGAUUGAACCAUGUUUUCUGCACCAACUAGAGAAAAUUUCCUUCAGAAAAAGUUCUACACCUCAUACGUCGGAGUAAGAUUGCUGGUAGACAAAUUGUUACACAAACAGAAAUAAAAACACGCAUCACAAUAAAACCAAUAGAUCCUUCGCUGCUCACCGAAUCCAAAAAUAAACUAAAUCUCUGUGAAAUAUAAAACAAUUAAUAAAUUCGAUAAUCGCAAUAUCAUAGAAAAGUAUUAAUACAAAUAAACUGUUAAACAUAUUAUACAAUCACACAUUUCACGUUGAAAUACAUUAUGCGGUUCACGUUCCCCGGACAGAACUAGCACAUUGUACAUUGGGAAAAGUGCAUUCCAAAUUGCCCGUAGCGUAAUAUGUUACGGUUUUAAUAUAAUAGGAAAAUAGAAUUCUGCAGUUCCCUCGGUUACAUAGACGAAAAAGUGUCUCUAGUUUUACGUAAUACGAGAACAUUUUUUUUUAUUUAUCUUUUUUUUUUUUUAAUCUUAGCGUAAUGAGGAAUGUAUUCGUUUUGUCAAUAUUUGUGCUGUUAAAGCAACCUGGAAUCCUGAAAUCGACCUGUAACCUGGACUAGGUCUUGGGGAGAGGGAUUAGAUCAUUUUUAAAAUUUGUAUAGAAGAGACGCUUCGAACUAUUUAGUUAAGUGAUAUUUCCAAGGGUUUAAAAAAAAAAGAAGGUCAUACGUGAAAUCUUUCUCCGAUAGUUACUUUAGGGAUAGUUUCUGGUUGAAAAUGUUGUCAAAUUGGUGAGUUGAAGAGGAAUUUUUUUUUUAUUUUUCUUAAUAAUUGUAAAAAAAAAAAACCGAGAAAAAAUGGGAAAAUUAACACAAUAUCGGUAUUCUGUUAUUAUCAAUUUAGUUAUUAUGUAGGAAAUCGGUAAGAAAUCAUCGCGAACAUCUGAAAUUUUCUCCGAAUACUUAUAUUAGCGCUCUCUUUAUUUUUUUAAAGUUCAAAUUUCGACAAAAAUCGUAAAAAUCAUGGCGUUUCCAAACAUGUCUAACGAACAUUUUCUCAGAAUUGUUUUUGUUAACAACAAUCUAUCGUUUAGGUAGAUAUAAAUUAAAUAACUCCCUGAUAAUAUAGUAGCAAUAUUGGUCCCUUUUUUCUUUUUUUUUAACUAUUUAUAAUAGGCAAAAAAGAAAUGUCUAAAAUUUGAUAACGCAUAUAUUUUUGUAACAAACAUUAAAUGAAAUGAUGCGAGAGAAUUACUUAGCGUACUCAAAUUAGUUUUGACAUUUUUGUGCGUGGUCAAAUUAAAUCAAAUUUACGGUCAGUAAAAAAAAUAAAUAAAACGUGCAUAAACAAUGAUAAUGAUUAGUUUUUGAAAAAUUAAAAAUAAUCUAAUUUAUACGGCAAAGUUAAACAAAUGUACACCAAAAUUUAUUAGUAAAUUCGUCAUCUAUAAAGUGUAGGCGCAACCGAUGUCAUUAAUUCAAAGUUUACAUUUUCCAAUUAUGGUGAUUGAAAGCGAUUCGUUUUUUCAUACAUUUAGACUAGUAGCUUAAGAAAAUUUCUGUUUUUGAUUCGACUUCAUACACCUACUUAUUUUUCAUGUUUAAUCUUUUAUAUCUUAUAUAUUAAAAAAUAUUUUCCGGCCACAGUGUUUGUUAUUGAACUCCGUCGAAACGGCUUCACCGAUUUUCAUGAAAUUGUUUGUGCAUAUUUGGUAGGUAGGUCUGAAAAUAGGUCGUAAAGUAUUUUUCACCCUUUUACCCCCACCUACUAUUUUUUAAUCGUGAUUUUAGCAUCUUCGCUUACACAUAAAUAUACACGAGCAAGACCAAAUAAUUUAGCUUAUAAUAUAAUAAAUACAAUUUUUUUUUUGUUGUUGAUUUGUGUUACCCCGGCAACACGGAUGAAAAAAAUAAGUGAUCAAUUAUUAUUCGGAAAUUAAUCGGAAAAUAUCACGUGAUCAUUAAAAUCGGUCCAGCCGAUUGUAACUAACCCGACUUUGUUUUAUUUAUAUACGAUUUUUGUUUAUUCGAGAAUUGCCACGGAAAAGAAAACUAUUGUAAUCAUUAUUGUUACUAUUAUUCACACUGUUCGCAUUUAGUCCACAUUUGAACUACCCACUUUCCACCUAUUUGUUUUCAUUCAAUUCUAAUACGGCCAAAACCAAAAAUGAAUAUGGGUAAAAUAAUAACAAUACAAAUUGUCACGGGCAACGCGUACGAUGAGUUUAGGUGCGAUGCACUCUGAAACUACUCCGCCGAUUUUGAUAAGAUAAUGUGUGAACGUGUGUGUGUGUUCAAACUCUCAAAGCGUGUGAUCUGGUCAAACUUAAAAUACAGGAUAGUCUUCAACGUUCCAUUCUCAAUCCCGUGAAUAUAAUGUAGGGAUAUUUUUUAGGUAUUUUUGAAUACAAAUAUUUAAUUGUUUACAUACUUUUUACUCACCCGGUUUUACACCCCGAUCUAUCGAAAAUCACUGGCACACCGGUAAAUAAUAAUGUAUUUUGAUGCGCGUGUAUUAGACGAUUUAGAUAAAGUGCCCUUUAAAAUUUGAAUUGUUGUCCUAAAGAAAAUAUUCUGAGCUUAAACGUAUUUCGUAUAAAUGCCGCUUUUCGAAAUAUAUUGUGUAUAGAUAUAAUCGAACUGAUAAAAACUUAAAAGAUUUUUUUUUUAGAUGAGUACUACACGUGCUACAAAGAUAAAGGAUAAAACCGAGGGGUAGGUUGAAACUGAUCUCUAAAGAGGGCUUAACCUUUUCAACCGACAUUUAAAUUAGCGAUAAGAAAAAUCUGGAUCUGCCUAAAUUCGACCAUCUGGAUUCGAAAUCGAAAUCCAGAAUUUUGAAAUCUAAAAUCAAAAAUGUAAUUAAAAUCCGAUUUUCGGUAAAAAUCCUUUAAUAUAUAUAUUUAGAUUUACAUACACGUUAUACAAACACACAGGUAUACAUAAUAAAUGUCAAACUGAAAUGUUUAAAUCCGAAAUUGGAAUUUCCGGAAUUUUAUGGCCGAAAUCCGGAUUUUUGGACAAUCCGGAUUUAUGUCGCAUCACUAUCAUAAAUACGCCUGUGGAUGCAUCCGUAUUAAUGAUAUUAACGUAUAUACGCAGAUGUGACCCGGUAUCGUUUUGUUGCGUUGUUUUAACGGAAAAUGUUUGUUUGUAUGUGCCGCAGGAGAAAUCACCGUGGACGGUUGGUGCCCGCCGGGAAGAUGCCCGCAGAAAUCCGGGACAUGGACACCAAGUACUUCACGCUGCCCAGCGGCCGGCGGCUCAGGACCCGGAUAUCCGGGCAACUGCGCCGGAAGAUCCAGCAGUACCUGUGGGGCAAGACCAUGUGUCCGGUGCAACGGAAGUGGAAGGACCUGGGCACGCGGUUCUGGCCGCGGUGGCUGCUCGAGGGCCACUGUCCCAAGGGCGAGGUCUCGUGCUCGGUGCCGGCCGGCAUGUAUUGCCACGCCAUCGGCAACCAGCACAAGACGCUGUUGCGGUGGCACUGCCGCAACAGCGGCAACAGCAUCAGCGUCGGCAGCCCGUCGGCCGCGCUCCAACAGUACAACACUCUGAUAAGCGGCAAUAAGGCGCAGAAAGAAACCCCGAAGGCGUGCCAGUGGUUGAAGGUGGAAUACCCGGUGAUCACCGAGUGCGGAUGCGGUUGCGCGCCCGACGUCUCCGAAUGACGAACCGCCGGCCUGCAGUUCGGUCCAUGGGCUAUUUUGUUUUAUUAUUUAUUUUUUUUUUUUUUUUUUUACAAGUCGGACGACUCGUUGCACACUACACUACUAGUCUUAAAUAAUAUUAUAUAUUAUAUUAUACGUUUAAAACACGGUUCAUUUUUCGACCAAUUAGACAUUAAGAAUAUUUAAUUUAUAAUAUAAUAUAAUAUAGACAUACCGCGCAUCGACAGUCCCAAUACAUUUUUUAAUAUACUCGAUACGGAAUGAGAAAUCGUCGACUUUACCCGCACCUCUUCGUCGUUUCCACAGCCGGAUCGGACCACAUUUCUAUAAUAAUAUAAUAUUACAAGGACGUCCCUAAUCCAUUUCCUAUAUGUAGGGACGGAACGAACCGUGGACACAAAUUGUCUGCCUGGAAAUCUUUUAAAAAAAAAAGGGAUUAAUCCCCAUUUUACUUCUCUCUGUUUGCGUCUAUACCCCGAACUUAGUACCGAAUUCAUUGAUUGAAUAUAAAACAAUGAUAAUUUAAAUAUUAAACAUCUACAAUUUUUUAAUAAUAAUUCUUUAGAUUAUAAUAUAAUAUAUAUAGUUUAUUUUUCAAACAAUCGUUCGUAUUUUUAACGGUUCGUUUAAACUAUUAGAAGACGAGUGCCCUCCCCAUUUCUCUUUGCCCCUUAAUUAAAAUUGUCCAACUUUGACAUAUCAAUUUCAAUUUUCUGUGUGUUAUAUUAAUACAAUCGUUCGAUCCGACAAGAGAGCGAAAUAACUACUAUUAAAGACGAUUAUGCGAUAACCGUCAUUAUCAGUAAAAAUCGGUAAAAAAACGACACCGAUGAAAAAAAUUGUUCAGUUUUGAACCGCAUUUAAUACGACAAAACAACUGUCUAAGACGGACCUCAGUAAAACAAAAACACUAUAUAAAAGAGACAUUUAAACAUUAUCAAAAUAAUUGUAUGAUUUCACGUACGUAAUUAAACUUCUAUAGAACGAAAAUCGUCUUCGGUUCCUAAAGACUUUUGAAUGUUCAUUUGAAAUAUAAUUUCAUUCGUGAACUAAUUCACAGGCAUAAAAUUCACAUUUCAUGUUUCGCCAGUGGCGUUUUUUGAAACUUUUUUCCGGGGGAAGGGUCCUUUGAUAUUUAACAUAUAAAAAAUGUACCUAAUAUAUAUCCAUUUAUUUAAAUUAAGUAACAUAUUAUUUUUUUUCUUAUCUACAUGAAUGUUUUGAUCAUCAACAAAAUUUAAGAUUAAUAUAAAAACUGUAACACAAAAUCUACUUUUCGUAAUCUAAAUUCGGAGUUUGGGAAGAGGGAACCAUCACUGUGUUUCGUAUACACAUUUUGAACUCGUUCAUUCCAAGACCUGUGUCCCUUGAAGUUCCGUUUUAGACAGAAAGUUUUCACCGUAUACGUGAGGUUUUAUUCAAAACUCCUUGAUUUUUUUUUCACACGUGUUGUCCCUUUGUACAUAUCAUAUUAUAAUAUUUAAUUAUUACUAUUAAAUUGUUAUUUUACAUAUAGAUAAUACUUAUUAUCAUAAUUAUUAUUCUUAUAAUUUAUACUACAUAUAUUUUUAUACACACACACACACACACACACGUAUACGAAAAGAAUAUACGCUUAAUAAUAUUAUAUUAUACGAUAUUGUAAAUUAUAUAUACCUAUUUUUUUCACACGACAAUGUAAAUAAUAAAGUCAUACGAAUACAAAAUAUACAAGAACAAAAAAAAAAAAAAACAGAACGUUA